AUGCCUCGGGGUCAGAAGAGUAAGCUCCGGGCCCGUGAGAAACGUCGCCAGGCCAGAGAAGGGCCACAGGAUCUGGUAAGUAUUCAAACCACUGCUCAAUUGCACUCCUCUUCCUCCCCUCAUUUUGAGGACAUUUCCUUAGGGCUCACCUGCUGAAUCAUUUGCAAUCCCCAGGGUCCUUGGACAGCCACAUUCACCACCAGUAUGGCAGCCGUGUCAUACAUGAGAUCAGAUGAAGGCACCAAUGAAGUACAGGAAAUGCCAAGAUCCUCCCAGAACCCAACAGCCACUGAGCCCUUCAAUAGAAGCCCUCUAGGGGAGAAGGUGUUUAUAUUGGUGUACUACCUGCUGUACAAAUAUCAAACGAAAGAGCCCAUUACCAAGGCAGGUAUGCUGAGAAAUGUAAUUCAGAUCUACAGGAAUUACUUCCACGUGAUCCUCAGGAAAGCCUCUGAGCACUUGGAGCUGGUCUUUGGCCUUGACAUAAAGGAAGUGGAUCCCAAUAGGCACAUCUAUGUGCUAGUCAACAAACUGGAACCAAGCUAUGAUGGGAAGCUGAGUAGUGAUAGUAAUGUGCCUGAGACCGGUCUGCUGAUGACCAUCCUGGGAGUGAUCUUCACAAAGGGCAACUGUGCCACUGAGGAGCAAGUCUGGGAAGUGCUGAAUAUGAUGGGGUUAUACCCUGGAAGGAAGCACUUCAUCUAUGGAGAGCCCAGGAAGCUCAUCACCAGAGAUUUGGUGAAAGAAAAUUACCUGGAGUACAGGCAGGUGGUCAACAGUGAUCCUCCACGCUAUGAGUUCCUGUGGGGUCCCAGAGCCCAUGCUGAGACCAGCAAGAUGAGAGUUCUUGAGUUUUUGGCCAAGAUCCAUGAUACCGUCCCCACUGCCUUCCCAUUCUAUUAUGAAGAGGCUUUGAGGGAUGAGGAAGAGCGAGCCCAAGCCAGAGCUGCAGCCAGGGCUCUUAUUGCUGCCAAGGCCAGUGCACGCUCCAGGGCCAUGGCCAGUGCACGCUCCAGGGCCAUGGCUAGCAACUCCUCCCACACCUAG